CAACAAGCACCUUGGUAGCUCCGAUCGUCUUCAACAUAAAAGCGUCCAACAACAUCAGUACUGGUGCAGUCAUCGGGAGGACAAACCCUUCAUGCAAACUGCACCUACUAUCAACAAGAAGAAGAAGUGGCAGCAGCAACCAGCUUAAUCUUAAUAUUCCACACCUCAAGCUUCUUAUCCUUCUUGAUGGAGCACGUCUUGAAGACAGACGUUAUGCCGUUCUACAAUACACAUUUAGCUUCGUAGCCUCUACACGUCUACAUCGACGCAGAUAAGCUGUGCCAAGGUCUGCUGCUGACUCACGUUACUGUACUAAUUCGUAUACCCUUAUCUGCUGACUACAACGAUGCUUGUGAGCUGUGACUUCCGCUGACUGCUAUAUUCCACCAUCAAGGGAAUAUACUCGCACAGUCUUCUCCAAAUUUGGACCGGCGCUGCCCUUCAUCUCCACAAUAUACUGGAUGUCUGCGUAACUCCAUCUCUGGAUCCGUCUGAGGAUCAUUAUUUCCUCCGAGAUGAUCCGCCAAGCUCAAAUAAGCCUCCAGAGCUUCUUGUUAGGCCUGGGCAUCUUGAGUUACUUCAUACUAGCGUGUGGGAGCAGGUGGCCAGGCGUGGGAGAGGUAGUGGAGUGGUUGUGGCAGCGGCCCUGGGCCUACUGUGGGGGGUUCUACCUCCUCGUUAAUAUCUUCAUAGUCCUUAUCUUCCGUGGAGCUGAAUGGCAGGUGGCUGUGCGAGCCUGUUUCUUGGGAUCUGUGUGUGGUAUUGGCAUUAUUGUCACAGCUUUGUGUGAGGCAUCAUACCAUGUAUUUGGAUGGUAUAUGGUAGUAUUAACAUUUUUCCACUACUCUGAGUACCUGACAACUGCUAUUGGUAACCCCAGAACCCUCAGUCUAGACUCAUACCUCUUGAACCACAGUUGGGCAUAUGGCAUUGCCGCAGUUGCCAGUUGGGCAGAAUUUUUUCUAGAGAGGUGGUUGCUCCCAGAUAUGAAGAAAGUUUGGUAUGUUAGUGUUAUUGGAAUUAUAAUCUGUCUUUGGGGAGAGAUUAUAAGGAAAUCAGCCAUGCUCACGGCUAAAACCAAUUUCAAUCACAUAGUUCAAACAAAGAGACAAGAAAAUCAUGAACUCGUCACAUGGGGUGCCUACAGGUUCUUCAGGCAUCCAAGCUAUGUAGGAUGGUUUUGGUGGAGUGUUGGCACUCAGUUUAUUCUUGUUAACCCAUUUUGUGCUGUGGCUUAUACACUGGCUUCUUGGAUCUUCUUCAAUGAUAGGAUUCAUUUUGAAGAAAUGACACUUAUAAAUUUCUUUGGGGAAAAGUACCUUGAUUAUCAGAAGAAAGUAGGAACUGGCUUACCAUUUAUUAAGGGAUUUAUUUUGAAGAAAUGACAUUUAUAAAUUUCAUUGGGGAAAAAAGUACCUUGAUUAUCAGAAGAAAGUAGGAACUGGCUUACCAUUUAUUAAGGGCUUCAUUUUGAAGUGACAUUUAUAAAUUUCUUUGGAGAAAAGUACCUUGAUUAUCAGAAGAAAAUAGGAACUGGCUUACCAUUUAUUAAGGGCUAUCAGUAUAUUCACAACACUUGAUCAAGUUGACAAUGGACAACUUUUACCAGUGUUUCUUGCACAACUUUUAGAACUGUACACAUGGUAAUAGUUUUAAAUUUAUAGAUUUUGUUCUAUUGUAUAUACUGUAUUAUAUGUAUUAUAUAAUUUUGGAUUACUGUGCAUGCAUUAGCACAUGUGAAAAGGGCUUUUUAGCAAGUUUGAUUUUUGAGGUGAGUUUCAGUGAUUUAAUGUAUUGUAUUCACAAAUUUAUUGAUGCUGAGAUUUGAUUAAUUGUAAUGUACUGAACGUGUUCUUAAUUAAUAAUGUAUUACUAAUAGAAAAUCACUGAAUAUAUAACACCUUUUAUUUUCAGUGUGCUGUAUGGUAUUAUUGGAGUGUGUCGGCAGUAAUGUGUAUCCAUGAUAUGUUAACAAAUAUGUAAUGCAUUGUAUAAUUAGCAAAUUGUUAGGUUUUGUAUAUCUGCAAAAACAUUUCUGAAGAAAUAUUUUCUUAAU